AUGGUAGUUAUUAAUGCAACUCACCCUGAAGAGUUUAUUCUCCUUGGCUUUGCCAACAUCCCUGUCUUCAUUAUUCUUCUGGUAACAUAUCCCCUAGCCAUGUUUGGGAAUGUUGCCAUCAUUCUGGUGUCCACCUUAGAACCCCGUCUUCACAGCCCCAUGUAUUUCUUCCUCAAAAAUUUCUCCUUUCUGGACCUGUGUUACACCACAAGUAUUGUGCCUCAGAUGCUGUUCCACCUGGGAAGCUCCAGAAAGACCAUAAGCUAUGUGAGGUGUGCAAUUCAACUUUAUUUAUUUAGUGCAAUGGGGGACACAGAGUGUCUUCUUCUGGCUAUUAUGUCUUUUGAUCACUACGUGGCUAUCUGCAGACCUCUGCACUACUCCCUAAUCAUGAACCAUCUUGCAUGCACUCUGUUAGUGUACGUCAUGUGGCUCUGUGGAAUUGCCUAUGCAAUCUCAGAAACCACACUUACGUCACAGUUCCCACUUUGUGGCAUCAAUACACUGGAUCACUUAUUAUGUGAGAUUCCAGUUCUGAUAAAGACUGCUUAUGGUGAAAAAGAGACAAAUGAAUUGGCACUUUCUGUGGCAUGUAUUUUUAUACUAGCUGUUCCUUUAUGCUUAAUACUUGCUUCCUAUAUUAGUAUUGGAUGUACUAUACUUAGGAUUAAGUCUUCUGAGGGAAGGACAAAGGCCUUUGGUACAUGUUCUUCUCAUCUUAUAGUAGUUAUCUUAUUUUAUGGUCCAGGAAUAAGUAUGUACCUUCAGCCUCCCUCCUCUUUCUCAAGGGACCAACCUAAGUUCAUGGCUCUCUUCUAUGGUGUGGUGACUCCUACACUCAACCCAUUCAUUUACACUUUACAUAAGGAUGUAAAGGGUGCAUUAGGCAAUUUGGCAAGAAGGAUUUCAUGUCCUAAGUGA